AUGCCCAAAGGAAAGAGGCUGCUAAGAAAGACAGCUGAGAAAGAGGGUGCUGAGGAAGAGGCGGCUAAUGUGGAGGAAGAACCACAGGUGGUGUCUAAUGAUGAAUUGGAAAAGCUAAAGAAAGAUAUGUUAGAUCUACAAGAAGGAAUGUUGAAGAUGAAUAAAAGUAUGGAAGAUGGAUACAAGGCUAAAGGAAGUGGAAUCAUUUGUGAAGUCGCAAACUACACACCAACUGCUGCUGGUGGUGAUGCUCUAGAGACACCAACUGCUGGUCAGUCAGAGCUUGUUCAAGAAGGUUCCAAGGAUAGUGAGGAAGAAGGUGACGAGGACAGUGAUGAAGAAGCUGACGAGGACAAGGACGAAGAAGCCAUCAGAAGCAAGGAAGUCUCCCUACACCACUAUGACAGAGGAAAAGAAGAGGAAGAAAGCAAAAUCCACGAAACAAUGAUCCAACUCUAUGUGUUAUAG